AUGGCAACGGAGGACAAAUCAAAACGAAAGGUGUGGACCGUCGUAGAAAUCAAGGGAUUGCUGAAAUGCUACUUGGCAAGAAAGGAGGAGUUCCUACAUGCGAGAAAAAAGCGAAAUGCUUAUGCCCACGUCUUGGAAGACAUGGUGGCACAAGGUUUCACCGAUCCAUCGACGACCCCAGUAGCCUUAGAAGGAAAGAUGCGCACUCUGUUGUCUGCAUACAAGUGUGCAAAAGACAACGCAAGCAGAACCGGUGCCGCACCAUGCAUUGCUCCGUACAUGGAUGAGAUGGAGGAGAUUUUCGGAAACAGUGCGCUGCUUUCCAAUAACCACACGCUUAAUGUGGGUCAUUGUCGAGCAUAG